AUGGUCACACGCGCCAAAUCAGGUAUUUUUAGGCCUCGUCAUUUUGCUGACAUUACCACCUACCAACCAUCUUCUCUUCUUUAUGCUCUGGUCACCACUUCCACACCCAAAGGGUUCAAAUCCGCUGCCAAACAUCCUGGUUGGUUGGAUGCUAUGCAUAAAGAGCUCCUGGCCCUACACUCCAACAAUACUUGGGAUCUUGUCCCACACCCAUCCAACACCAACAUUGUAGGAGCCAAAUGGGUGUUUCGCACCAAAUAUCUUUCAGAUGGGUCAAUUGACAAAUUAAAAGUACGGUUGGUUGCACAAGGCUUCACUCAAACACCUGGUCUUGACUAUGAUCACACCUUCAGUCCUAUUGUUAAAGCUGCCAAUGUUCGUGUCAUUCUCACUCUAGCAGUAAUGAAUAAUUGGCCUCUUCAUCAAUUAGAUGUCAACAAUGCAUUCUUGAAUGGGCACCUGACACAUCCUGUCUAUAUGGAACAACCUCCUGGGUUCGUUGAUCCUCGAUACCCAAAUCAUGUUUGUCGACUUCGGAAAGCUCUUUAUGGCCUCAAACAGGCCCCUCUUGCAUGGUUUCAAUGA